AUGGUCCUGACUAUGUGGGAAAAACCAGCUGGGCCUGCGAGAGUUCCAGCCCCCCGCCUGUACCUCAACCCCCCGCCUGUACCUCAGCCCCCCACCUGUACCUCAGCCCCCCACCUGUACCUCAGCCCCCCGCCUGUACCUCAACCCCCCGCCUGUACCUCAGCCCCCCACCUGUACCUCAACCCCCCGCCUGUACCUCAGCCCCCCACCUGUACCUCAGCCCCCCACCUGUACCUCAACCCCCCGCCUGUACCUCAGCCCCCCACCUGUACCUCAGCCCCCCGCCUGUACCUCAGCCCCCCGCCUGUACCUCAGCCCCCCGCCUGUACCUCAGCCCCCCGCCUGUACCUCAGCCCCCCACCUGUACCUCAGCCCCCCGCCUGUACCUCAGCCCCCCGCCUGUACCUCAGCCCCCCGCCUGUACCUCAGCCCCCCGCCUGUACCUCAGCCCCCCGCCUGUACCUCAGCCCCCCGCCUGGCCUCCGUCUGCCUUACCCACCCCCCCCACCCACCAGCACCGCAGGCCCGUCCGCUCUGACCUCCCUCUGCCGCCUGCGUCCUCUGCGGCACCUGGAGAAGAAGAAGAAGAAGAGGGAGGGGGCCGGGUUCACCGAGGGGAUUGGAGAGCGGGAGGUCGGCGAGUACAAAGAGGUCAAACGGGUCGAGAUACGCCAAAGUCACCGUGAGCCCCGUCCCGGCUGCAUCCAUAUUCACACGUCUGUCUCCUACGUCUGUCUCCUACGUCUGUCUCCUACGUCGGUCUCCUACGUCGGUCUCCUACGUCUGUCUCCUACGUCUGUCUCCUACGUCUGUCUCCUACGUCUGUCUCCUACGUCUGUCUCCCACGUCUGUCUCCCACGUCUGUCUCCCACGUCUGUCUCCCACGUCUGUCUCCUACGUCUGUCUCCUACGUCUGUCUCCUACGUCUGUCUCCUACGUCUGUCUCCUACGUCUGUCUCCUACGUCGGUCUCCUACGUCGGUCUCCUACGUCUGUCUCCUACGUCUGUCUCCUACGUCUGUCUCCUACGUCUGUCUCCUACGUCUGUCUCCCACGUCUGUCUCCCACGUCUGUCUCCUACGUCUGUCUCCCACGUCUGUCUCCACGUCUGUCUCCCACGUCUGUCUCCCACGUCUGUCUCCCACGUCUGUCUCCUACGUCUGUCUCCUACGUCUGUCUCCUACGUCUGUCUCCUACGUCUGUCUCCUACGUCUGUCUCCUACGUCUGUCUCCUACGUCUGUCUCCUACGUCUGUCUCCUACGUCUGUCUCCUACGUCUGUCUCCUACGUCUGUCUCCUACGUCUGUCUCCUACGUCUGUCUCCUACGUCUGCCUCCUACGUCUGUCUCCUACGUCUGCCUCCUACGUCUGUCUCCUACGUCUGUCUCCUACGUCUGUCUCCUACGUCUGUCUCCUACGUCUGUCUCCUACGUCUGUCUCCUACGUCUGUCUCCUACGUCUGUCUCCUACGUCUGUCUCCUACGUCUGUCUCCUACGUCUGUCUCCUACGUCUGUCUCCUACGUCUGUCUCCUACCGCCUUAA